ACAACGUGCCUACACUACACGAUAAUCUACCUCCCAUUCCAUGUGUAUUUUAUUUUCUUCAUCACUUGCAAAACAAACACUUGCUCUCCAUUUCACUCUCAGAGUGUUCUGGCCUCUUGUCACUUUACUCAGUAAACUUUGGAACUUGAAACAUGGAGGUGAGAAAUACUUGUUUGGGUAACACUUUACAAUAUAAAGUCAAAAGUUCAAUAGUGUCUGGAAAGUGGAAAAACGAACUUGGUUCUGUAGUGGAGCUGAUGGAGAAUGAGAAUGGUCAGAUUACUGGGACAUACCUAACUGCUGUUAAAAGCUCUUCAAAAGAGUCCAGCUACACUAAAGAAACUGCUGACCUUGUGGGAUACAUCAAUACAGACAAGACUAAACAGACCACUACUAUUGUCUUCUGCAUGGCCUGGAAGAUAGAAGGCUCAUGCAGUGCAUUCACUGGCCAGAUCUUCCAGGAUGACAAAGAUGGAGGUAUUGGAGAUGUAAUGAAGACCACCUGGAUUCUACAUUCACCUGUGGAUGGCCUUCAUGACAACUGGGAAGCAACAUGUGUUGGGGAGAACACAUUCUACAGAUGCCCAUGAAAGAUUUGAAGAAUGGGAAAAUGACUCAAAAGACAUGAAGCAAAUUGUCAAAAUAAAGUUUGAUUACCAUUUUA